AUGUCCCGGCCCCCCAAGUCCAGCGAGGCGCUUGGAAUCGCCGAGGCGUUUCAUGCCCAGGCGGAAAAUAUCCGCCACAAGCGUUCCGUGCGCAUUUGCGUGGACGAUUUCGCCCCCACAUCGACCUUGGCGGAUAUCUGCGGCACGCUUUCCAUGAUCCUCGACCAGCACAGCCCGCCCAUCCAGCUCGAGCACAUCGGGCUUGCGGAAAACCAGCUCCAGCGGCUUCCCGCGGAGUUCUGGCUGCUCUGCAGCGCCAGCCUACGAACGCUCGACUUGCGCCUGAACCAGCUUUUCUCGGUGCCCGAAAACCUCGCGCUGCACUGCCCGAACUUGGAGAACUUGGACCUCCUGAACAACUGGAUCACGCAGGUGGAGCCGGCGCUGUUUUCCCCGCUCAGGAGCCUCCGGUUCUUGCUGCUCAGGGACAACCGCAUCACGCACGUGCCCCCUGCUUUGAGCGGCAUCAGCAGCCUCCAAACGCUCGUUGUUUCCGGCAACCCGCUCGCGGCGCCGAAUGCAGACGCAGAAAACACCACGCCCGCCCGAUCCAGAGAUCCGCGGGCGCUUGUGCUGCCCAGCAGCCCGCCCUGCGACCAGCGCACGGAGAUCACACUAGACCCCCAGGCGUCCGGCCAGCCGUGGCCCAUGUUUUCCCCCAUGCCCUCCAUCGAACGCACGCAGUCUCUCGUGGAUACGCGCACACGGUCGCUGAAGGCGUCGAGGCGCAUGGGGCUCAUCAUCAACAGCAAGCAGAUCACGCCCGACAAGAUCUCCUAUUCCUCGGCCGGCGACUCAGGCACACCCAGCAAGCCGCCGCGCAAGCUCCUGUUGCCCAGCAGAGAGAAUAGCGACUUGGGCGACGCCAGCCGCUUUUUGGCGCCGGAAACGCCGCCUUUGGCCGCGACUUUCACGUCCGCUCUCCACGCGGAAUCGCGGCCCGGCUCCAGGCCCGUCCUGUCUCCCAAAAUGGAGCCCGCUGGGCCAAGUGCAACGCCUGGCGUGCCAGGGGCCGUGCUCCAGAAGCCGGCGAAAGACCCGGAGCAUAGUCUGGACGGGCACGCAGAAUUAGACCCGGAGCCAGUGUCCUACUUCCGGCGCUUGUCUGUGUUGCAAGAAACGCCCAUGGACGGGACCGUGGUGGAAACGCCGCCGUCCAACAAUGCCAGCGAAGACACGGACUUGCUGAGGCAUCCGUCGGCAGCGAAGAACGAGGUGCCGGCUCCAAAGUUGCAUCCGCCCAAACGCAAAGUGUCGAGCGCCCAACAAAACCUGUACUUCGGGCUGCUACCCCCCAACGCCCCUGGCCUGGGACCAACGCACGGCACAAUGCACGAAAAGAGCGUGAUCGUGAAGGCCUCCCGCAAAAUCCUCUUUUCUUUCUCGGAGUUGCACCUUUCCAUCAAGCGCUUUGCCGGCUUCUGCGGCGACAAGAAGCUCUCGCUGAGAAUCGUGCGGCUUGUCCACUCGUCGAAGGAACACAUCGACGAUCUUGUCAGAGCCAUGGAGGCCAUGGAGGACGGCGAGGACAACCACAGCUCUGUGGUCGGCUCUCUCCACGCCUGCAUCGGCUCGUUCAAGACGAUCCUCACGGCAAUCAGCGAGAACUUCGCGGCACUCGUGGCCAAGAUCGACACGUGCUUUAUCCGCAUGGUGCUCCUCACGCUUUUCGGCUCGCUCCACGAGUUGCAGAACGCACACAGGCUCCUCACAAACACGGGCAACGCGCCUCGCCCGCUCCCUUCUCUCACCCGGAACGCGUCGUCUCUGAUGUCCAGCUUGGCCGACUCUAAAGUUAAACACAACCAAGCAGGGCCCACAUCAACAGGACACAGCUUGGAGGACCUUUCACUAGAAACGCCGUCGAUCGCUUCCGCCUCCGAGGCCGUGGCCACGUUGGAAGAGAUCGACGAGAGACUAUACCAGACUAUCAGUUCGGCCACGAUCAACGCGCAGGUCGUGUUCAGCGAGUUGACCAAAACCAUCAGCAAGAGCGCCAUGGCGUCGGCCACCACCGGCACGGGCGCGCCGCUCGGCUCGGCCGUGGCUGCGAAGUUCAAGGAGUUGACCCAGGUGUGCAUGACGUCCAUGGAAAUCACCAAGCGGCUCGUGGCAAAGCUCGCUGCGAUCCGCGACAGCCCCGACCCGGCGUCCCGCAGGUCUUUCUGGGACGACAUCAAUCUCUUUCUCAAGGCCGUGAUCCUGACGUUCUCGGCCGUGAAGGGCAUCAUGCGUGACGCGCCCAUUUUCAACGAGGUGCGCGGGUCCAUGGCAAACUUGACCAAGACUACCAAGGAGCUCACGAUCAUCCUAGAAGCCUCUUCGUACAAGGCCAUUUCGGAUGCGGUCGGCUCGCUGCCCAACAACAACACGUGGCACAUGAGCAACGGGCCGCCCGCAGGUGCCAACGGCACCUCGUCAAUGCUGCAAACUGCCGGGCCCAUGUCCGCGGUAUCAAUGCCGCUGGCAGCCGGGCCGAUGUCCGCGGUGCGUACGCCAUUGGUGGCCACAGUGGGGACCACUGCUGCGCAAGCACUCCUCCCCCAGCAAGACCCCCAGCAUGGCCCUGGCACGCCGAGCCAUGGCAAACAUAAUCUUCCCCCUUUGAACUUGCCCCCGCUGGUGACCACAGAGUCGUACAACGGUGGGCUCCACACUGCACCUGUACAGUCUAUGGAACAGUUCUACGCGAAAAACGUGAAUCCCUUCGACCGCAUAUAG